UGCAGGAGUACCCGGGGUAAUAAACUGGAGGGUGGACGUGCCCCCUCUCUCCUCCGCAGUGCACUUGCAGCUUAGCAGCACUCCGGACAGGACGGUCUUCUCCACCUCCUGCUCUUCUUCUCCUCCUCUUCUCUGUGUGUUUGUGUGGGCUGGUGGUGGUGGUGGUGUUGCUGAGGAGUGCACCGACAGUCGCAGCUGACUCCAGUCCAGAGGUCCCGGACAGAGGCGUGAUGGUGCGGACUCAUUGAUAAAAUCCGCUGCCGCUGGAAUUAACAUGAGCACUCCCGCUGAGCGGCUCUCCUCCUCCACAUAGCGCUGCCUUCUCUGCACAACAUCCGUUUGUGUGUUUGUGAGACUCCAGCAGGCGACGCAGGAUGACUACUGCCUUAUCUCUGGUGCUUCUGUGCGCUUUGGUGGCGUUUGCGUUGGCGUCUAAGACAGAGCGGGCGGUGCAGCUCCCCUGUGACUCCGGCCAGUACACAACCAAUGGAGAAUGCUGCCAGGAGUGUCCACCAGGAGAGGGAGUGGUGAAGAAAUGUGGCGUCACACAGACUGUCUGCUCCCAGUGUUUGGACAGUGAGACCUUCUCAGAGAACUACAGUCACACAGAGCAGUGCAGGCCCUGCACUGAGUGUACGGGCCUGAUGCGCAUGGAGACGCCCUGCACCGACUCCAACGACGCCAUCUGCGUCUGCAACUACAACUUCUUCUUCAACGGGAUAUCCGGCCAGUGCGAGCCGUGUACGGUGUGCCCAGUGGGCCAGGGUGUGUUCGCGCACUGCGAACACGACCAUGACACGAUAUGCGAGGAGUGCGUGGACGAUACCUUCUCUGACCGCGAAAGCUCCCUCGACCCCUGCCUGCCCUGCACCAUCUGUGAUGAGGAGGACAGUGAGAUACAGCUGGCUGUGUGCACACCAAACAGCGACUCGGUCUGUCACAAUCCUCUGCUCCCAACAUAUAUCUCUCCCACCUCCGACAUGGGCCCGUCUGCACCCUCCUUCACCAAUUACUUCCUACCCGAUGGCUCCGACAGCCCGCUGCCAGGAGGACAGACGACCACGUCCAGCGCCGGCUCUCCUCGCUUCCUGGGCCACGGGCUCAACGAAAACCUCAUCCCUAUCUACUGCUCCAUCCUGGCCGCCGUGGUGGUGGGCCUCGUGGCCUACAUCGUUUUCAAGAGGUGGAAUAGCUGCAAGCAGAACAAGCAGGCAGCUAAUAACCGUGCAGCUACAAACAACCAGAUGGUGACACCGGAGGGAGAGAAGCUGCACAGCGACAGCGGCAUUUCGGUGGACAGUCAGAGUCUGCAGGAGCAGCAGCAGCAGCAGCAGGCCCAGGCUGAAGUCCAGGCUCAGCCCUCACACUCACGCACACAGGAACAGAUAGUGGUGAGGGUGGAUGGCGGCCCCCAGCCUGACACGCCUUCCCGUGAGGUCUAAAGGAAGAAAAAGAAGAAGAGGAGGCGUCAGAGCUAAGGAAGGGGAGAGGAGAGUAGGGACUUGGAACUAUGGACCAAAAAGAAAAAAGGGGCGUGGACCACGUAGAAACGUAAAACUGACUGAUUCAUAUCUGAAGUGGACAAAGGAGCAAAGACUUGUAUGGACCUUUCGGCACCUUUGGGCAACAGUCUGACUCUUCAUCCCUGCGUAUAGAUUCUAAAACUUUCAAUCAGUGUGCGACCUGACACAACUUCUAUGGCAAUAUCAACCAAUAUCUGUACCAAUGUGACUGCAGAUACAUAAUCAUAGAGAAAUGCCAGUGCAUCUCAUAUUACCAGACUAUUCCAGUAUCUAAUGACAUAAUUCUCACUAACUGCCAACUUAGUCUCCUCAGCCCCUUCUUAAAGCUUUACAUUGUCCCCUUAAUGCCACAAUUACUCGCCAUGAAACAUAUGUGCCUGACAGGUAAAUAGGUACAAAGGUUCUCCAUUAUCUCCUCUUUCUUUUCCUUGUGCGUCAAAGAGACUUUCUUCCUCAGAGACCAGCCUUUUUUCCUCUCACAUCUUCCUCUGUGGCGUCCCACUCUCUGAUAAUCCUCUGUCUCUCUCCACAGAAUUCCCUCUAUUAGACCCCCGCCAUCAGCUGCGAUACAAAAAGCUGCGGGGGAGCCAUGACUCACUCCCGACACUUCUUCUGAAGUUCCUUAUUCUUUUAUCAUUAACCACAGACGCUUUUCAUGGCAUGUUGUCUUGUAAAAUGUUUCAUUGUCUGAGAUUGGCUGCACCGACUGAUGCAAAUGACUCAUACAGUACUUGAGACAAAGGUCAAUAGCUGUGCAGCCCGCUCCUUUAUCAACUAUUUUUUUCUUUGGGUGAGAUGCAUCUUCCGGAACCCAAAGUUGACCCCUUCACAGCGCCUCAAGGGAUUGAAUUUCUUGCUCAUAAUGUAACGCACCCUAAUGUUUGUCUCCUGUUUGUGGUGCAUUACUUUCAUUUUGUGGCUUAAGUUACACGGCUGAUUCAGCAAGGUGCCUCAAUGGCCCUAACAUAAGA